CCACUCAAGCGAGUACUCCAGAGCGAUGAUUAAAAGGCAGCCGCCCCGAAUCCCGGGCGCGGGCGGGGAGCGAGUGCCGCAGCCGGAAAACCGCAGCGGCGGCGGCGGCGGCGGCGGGGGAACGACCCAGCGAGCUGCAGAAAGAGGGGCAGGAAAAAAUUACAAGGACAUUACUGAUAAGACAGGAACUGAGAGCUUGGGAUUCGCGGCCUCUCCCAGGCCACCACCUUCGCCGUCAGCAAGGAAGGAAGAGCCGGGAGACGGCAGCGGCGACGGCGGCAGGGGAAGGAGGAGACGGCGACGGGAGGGAACACAGAGGAGGGGACGGGCCGGCGGUGGCCUGUGA